CCCUCUUCCAGCGAAGCUUCCUCUCUUGCUUCUGCGGUAGCCUUACCCAGAUCUUCUUCGGUGGUCUUAGUCUUACUCUGACUGCAAGCGUUCCCCAAGACUAGCGCACGACGGCGAAUAAUCCACGGAAAAUGUCCCGGGUCAACUCAUACGCGUCGUCGGGCUCGUCGGCGAGCCGCCUGUCGGCCAUGAACGAGCGUUUCGAGCUCGUCUUGCCAACAUCAGUUUCAGAUUCGAAGACGCAACUGCACCGAAAGCGCUACAUGCCGUGGAGUCUUGACGAUGCAACAAUCAUAUCGACAGCCAUCUCAGCAUCUGGAUGGGUGGCCACUGCGAGUUCAUGGAAGAUUCGACUAUACUACGCAAAGAACCGGGCUCCCACUGAGAAGAUUAGCAAGGACAGGGAAUUUCGCAUAGAACCUGAGACGGAAAAUGAGAAGAUCCGAUCAAUCGCCAUCUCACUUGACCUACUUGCGGUGCUGACUCAUCGGCGCCUGAUAGUGUACGAAUACAGGGAACCCGGAGAAGGUGCAUUGGAGACUGUAUAUAUUGACAAGACUGGAAUCGGGACACCGAAGUCAGUGUCUAUCCUGCAAGUUGGAUCCGUGAGUGCACGAAUAACAGGCUUCGCGUGGAUUGCCGUUGGUGGAGAGGGAAGGGUAAAACUCUUCGAAUAUGCGUACCUCAGCUGCUGGAGUCCCCAUCGAUAUCGAUCAACGUUGAAUUGCUUGCAAACCAGUAGCAAGAUUCGAAUCGUUGCUUUCUCGCACUUCAGCCCGAUGAACAGUUUCGUUGUCUGUGGGGUGGCAUCAGACGAUCGAAUGCAUUGCUGGGAUGUACGUGUCCAGGAGUCGAGUAGUCCGAGAAUCAUCUCCAGCUGGGAGCUGGAUUACACUUCCAGGCAGAAUGAGCCCCCGCAUAGAGGGGAGAUAACAUCGGCUGCCAUUUUCAACUCACCAUCCGGCAGAGCGUACAUAUUCUGUACUGUGGACCAGCGACAUGGUUCACAAUUACUCCGCAGCUUUAUUGCCCCGCUCGAGCACUCAACAAAUGAUAAUGGGCCAUGCACGCUACAAUGGCGGGCUCUUCCGGAUAGUGUGGCUGGUAGGAAUGCGCUCCAAGGAACAGCGACGUCGAAUGGACGCUUCCUCGUUACCAUAGAAGACGGCCUCAUAAGACUCAUAACACUGCGACCAGCUUACGAAGGGGGUCUUACGUGUCUUGAGCCCGAGAUGAAAUGGUCUUCGGAAUUGAAGGUCGUGGCCAGGAACGUCUCUGGAAUAUCGCUUUCCGUAACAGAGGAGGAUGGAUCAUUGAACGUUCUCGCGGUUGAUGGGCACGGCAACCUCAUUCGUGCUCAUAUCAGCGUCCCGGGAAUGCCCAGACCAGAGCCUCCGGCGUUCGUGAGGAUAACCCAUGGCAACGUCGUCUCGGAGCUUCCCAGUAUCCCACCCGAGCUGCCUGGUGCCCAUAUCGUGAGGGAACUGCAAGCGGGCUCGUCCGACGAUGAGAUUCGGGUGGUUGCAAGGUGAUGGACGGGUAUUUGCUUGAUGAGAACUGGUAGUUGUAUCGAUGAAAAGUUGGUGUGGGAUUGACAAGCCAUGGCGAGAUGUCCUUCUUAUAGCGGGUUUACGUCAUCAGCACUUUUUGGGGGGAAGUGGCAACCAUCCUCUCAAGGCUCGCAUAUCGCGACGAGAACCCGCGAUCUACGCUUCCGGAAGCCGUUACGAGACUUACGGGGAGACCACUGUCCUUUCAUUUCAGGACCUAUAGUGCAGCGAACUCAGUCACCCUGUGCCGCUGCCGAGUUCGUGUCGCCGUCGGCGAUUGGUUUCAAGACCCGGGAUGCACCAAACAGGGCACCACACUGGCAGCGCACUGAGGCGGAAAGCUUGACUGGAUAUUCCCGACCGUGGUGUCGAGAGAAAUGAGCAACGAAAGGCACGAAAAAGGGAAAGGGACAGGAAAUUAU